AUUUGACCCAGUUGGUAUCGUCUGUUGCCGCUGUGUGUAGAUCUUCUUCCUGAAAAGACACUCGCGUUGAAACCGCUGAUGUCGCCGCAGAGAGGCGGUGUCAUAAACACUCAUUUUGAACACUCCUGAAGAUCUUCUCAGUCUGCACUCGCAUGGCCGUGAACCAUCUGCUUACUGGUUAAACUAGUGCGCUCCGCUACAGAACUUUGUCCUUUUAGAUGCCGCACAGCGUCUGCCUUUGCAAAUGGCUUGCUGUCUAAAGGACGAGCUCCUCUGUUCCAUCUGCCUCAGCAUCUACCAGGACCCCGUCAGCUUCGGCUGCGAGCACUAUUUCUGCAGGAAGUGCAUCACAGAGCACUGGAGCAGACAGGAGCCGCACGGGACGCGGGACUGCCCUGAGUGCCGGAGGACCUUCGCCGAUCCGCUCCUGUCGCCGAGCCUCAAGCUGUCCAACAUUGUGGAGCGCUAUUCGGCUUUUCCGCUCGACGCCAUCCUGAACGCGCAGAGAAGCUCCUAUCCCUGCAAGGAUCACGAGAAGGUCAAGCUCUUCUGCCUGACAGACAAAAGCCUGGUGUGCUUCUUCUGUGACGAGCCAGCCCUGCACGAGCAGCACCAGGUGACCACCAUUGACGAGGCGUACGAGGAGAUUCAGAGAGAGAUGAAGGAGCAGCUGGCUUCCCUGCAGGACAGCGAGAAGGGACACAGCGAGGCCCUGCAGCUCCUGCAGAGACAACUCACAGAGACCAAGUCCUCAGCCAAGAGUCUUCGUGCAACCAUUGGGGAUGCUUUCGAGCGGCUUCACCGCUUCCUCCGAGAGCGCCAGAAGAGCAUGCUGGAAGAGCUGGAGAUGGACACGGCCCGCAAGCUGUCCGACAUUGAGCACAAGAUCCAGUGCUACAGCCAGCAGCUGCGCGACGUCAAGGACGGCAUCCAGAUCCUGCAGGAGCGCCUUAACGAGACGGGCCGACACGACUUCCUGGAGGGCGUGGCCAUCACGUCCGAGAGGGUUAAAGGGAAGAUACAUGAGACCAAUCUGACAUAUGAGGACUUCCCAACUUCCAAGUACAUGGGGCCCUUACAGUACACAAUAUGGAAGUCACUCUUCCAGGACAUUUCACCAGUGCCAGCAGCCUUGACCCUUGACCCCAUCACAGCCCACCAAAGACUGAUCCUCUCAGAUGACUGCACCAUUGUAGCCUACGGGAAUCUCCACCCGCAACCUCUGCAGGACUCCCCUCGGCGCUUCGACGUGGAGGUGUCCGUCCUGGGAGCCGAGGGCUUUGUGUCAGGCGUUCACUACUGGGAGGUGAUGGUGUCAGAGAAGACGCAGUGGAUGAUCGGCGUGGCCAAUGAGGCGGUAAGCCGCAAAGGCAGCAUCCAGAUCCAGCCGAGUCGUGGCUUCUACUGCAUCGUCAUGCACGAUGGUAACCAGUACAGCGCCUGCACCGAGCCCUGGACGCGCCUCAAUGUCAAGAGCAAGCUGGAGAAGGUGGGGGUGUUCCUGGAUUACCCGAAAGGCCUGCUCAUCUUCUACAACGCAGAUGACAUGUCCUGGCUCUAUACGUACCGAGAGAAAUUCACCUCCAAGGUCUUCCCUUAUUUCAGCCCCGGCCAGAGCCACGCCAACGGCAAGAACGUGCAGCCGCUGCGGAUCAACACUGUGCGGCUUUAAGAGCAACUCGCGGUGGUUGCAGCUGACCAAACAGAGGAAUAAAUCAUAGGUGACAAAAUUCACACUUUAAAAAAUGUUUAAUGGGGUGUAUUAUUUUCUUUAGUUCUGUCAAGAAUCAUUCUUAGUGUUACUCUCAGAAAUUUUUAUUUUUUAAGAACCUUAAAGUUAUUGUUUGCACUUGGACCUCAUUUAGCAUCUUUUUAGGAACAAAGAUGACAUUAAUUGGAGAAACCUGGGCUCUCCUGGGGUUCGAGAGCGAAAGACGAAGAACAUUUCUCUCGGCGGAACUGUCUGGGGCCCACCUUGUACAUUCCCAGGCUGCUCGCUCUUACCAUAAAGUCAUGGCUGUCAGGCUCAAUGUUGUCUCUUUGUUUCCAGACAAGUACACAGGGAACGACAGUGACUUGUUGCACAGGCGGCUAAACCAGCGGUAUAACCGAGAAGAUGAGUGAUUGACAGAACUCCUGUUUGGGUUUCUUUCCCUCUAUUUUGUUUCAGGAAGUUUUUCACUCAUGUCAAGUCUGCUGGUUUCUUAGGGUUGUUACAGUUUCUUCAUUAUUUCUAUAAGUUAAUACGUUGACUUGAAAGGAAAACAUCAAUAUUUGUUUAGGACCAUUAAGUUUCUUCCUCUGUUCACUUAAUGUACAGUCCGUCAUUGUGAAGAAAACCUGUGUGUGUGUAUGUGUGUGUGAUCUGUCCACUUUAUUUCUAAAACACUUCACUGAGUGAAUGAGCACUUCAUGCGGUGCCUUGAGAAAAUAUUCACACGUCUUGAAUUAUUUCACACUUUGUCCCAUUACAACCAGACGUUCAAUGUAUUUUAUUUAUUUUUUGUGACCGAUUAACCCAAGGUAAGUAUGACUUUAUUUUGAAGGGAAGGAAAAUGAAUUAUAGUUACUAAAAUGCUUUACAAAUAACAAUCUGAGAAGUGUGGCAUGCAUUUUUAGAGCAACCCCCCUGAGUCAGCUUACUUGCCUAGGCUCAGUCAAAGCUCAGUCAGAUUGGAUGGACCUUCUAUGAACAUUUCUUUUCUAGUCUUAACAUAGAUUCUCCAAUAGAUUUUGGUCGGAACUUUGACUGGGCCGUUCUACCGCAGGUAUACGUUUUGAUCCAAACCGUACUUUUGCGGCUCUGGCUGCAUGUUUAGAGUGUUUAGAGUUUGCACUGGAAAGUGAAGCUCCGCCCCAGUCUAAACUGUCGCAGGCUGUAACAGGUUUUCCUCCAGGAUUGCCCCGUAUUUAGCUCCAGUUGUCUUCCCGUCAAUGUUGACCAGCUUCUCUGUCGAAGAAAAGCACAGCAUGAUGCUGCCACUACUGUUUGUUGGGGGAGAUGGUGCUUUUUCAGUGAUAUCCUUGGUUGGUGUUUUGCAUGUUGGUCAAACGGUUGCUUGGUAGGACUUCUACAACGGCUCUCUUCUUGCCACUCUUCCAUUAAAGCAGCAUUUGUAAAGCACACAACUAAUAGUCGUCCUGUCCACAAAUUUUUCCACCUGAGCUAUGCAUCUUGGCAGCCCCUCCAGAGUUACCAUGGGCCUCUUUGCUUCUGAUUAUUGCUCUCCUUGUCAUGCCUUUGAGUGUCUGUAACUUCUUAAGGCAAAUGGUGGCACUGGUUUUAUUUGUAGGUGUCAGAGUAAAGAGAGCUGAAAACAAAUGCCUGCUGCACUUCUCAAAAAUCCUUGUAUUGUUCAUCUUUCACUUCACCAAUAUUCACCACUUUCUCUCAUUUUCACAUAAUAUCCCCAUAAAACUGGCUGUAACUAUUAAAGGUGGAAUGUUUCAGGGGUGUGAAUACUUUUGUAAGGCACUGUGCUCAGUAGGUAUUUUAAAGGGGCAGGCCAUUGUCUAGGAAUAUGCUGCUAUUGGUGGAGCAAGGACCUUCAAGCUUAUAUAUAUAUGGUAUAAAUGUGGAAAUCUGUCUCCAGUGGAGCUGGUACAUAUUUAAGUUCCUUUCCUAAGACCGUCCAUUAUGGUGUCCACGUGUUGCUUUCCUCAUCUUGUCUUAAUAUGAAUAUAAUAUUAAGUAAAUAUUGAAUCUUGUUGUCAGAGGAGAGUGCCGCAGAGACGUGUUCUUAUUCUAGUUCCCCUCAUUUGUUAAAUAAAAUUGCUAAAUGUUUAGAGAAGAGGCAAUGAGGGGGUGAAUUGUGUGCGGGUGUUGCAUGAUGAUAAAAAUCACAGGUGAUUCCUCUGAGGCUCGGCGGUGUCCGUUUCUGUCCCACAUGCCUCAGGUGCUUUUUGUUUCUUUUUUUUUUUUGUCUUUUCCAUCAUUGGUCACAGAGGUUCUGCUGCAAGAGUUUCUCAGCAAAGCCAGAUAACUGAGAGGAGUGUGUUUGUUGUCAUGUUGGAAGGAGCUGAGAUCUUUUUGUGCCACCUGGCUCGGCUGGAGACUCAAAUCCAACUUCAGUUGUCGGUAAUGAAGCUCAACACCCAUGCCAUGGCCAAAAUUGUUAAUAAUUGCACAAAACUUUGAGAUGAGGUCGAAUUUAGUUGACACAAAUAAUGAAACGAAUGUAGCAGCCUUCCUUUGCUACUGUAUUUUUGUUUUUUGUUUUGCAUUUGUGCAUGUGUCGUCUUUGUCAGUUUAUUAAGUGAAAAUUGGGGCAGUACCCUCAAUUUGAUAGGAAAUGACUCCAGUAUGUGCUGUAGAAUCCAAUCCAAACUGCGAAUCAGUGGCUGUUUUAACAUGCACAGAUCUGCAGGAGCCUGUUACAAUUCAGAGGUUCUGAGUCAUUUUGCAGAGCAACACCUGGAUCUGCUCAUCACCCAGAAAGGACUGCAUUUGGAUUUAUUUUGUAAGGUUUUAGGAUAAAGAUCCAGACAGUCUAGAAAACAAAUGUCCUUCAACGUGGAUCUCAACAUGCAGGUUUAAAGGGAAUUUGACUCCAGUUUGCUGUACUGCUUUCAGUGGGAGUAUUACAAAUAAUGAGGAUGUGUUGGGUUACUGUUGAAUCUGAUAAAAAAAUAUGUGUAUAUUCUGCUUAUAACUAUGACACUUUAUAUUGGAUUUAAUGACAAUUGUGUCUGUAGGUGAUGGCCUCUGCACACCUAUCAUUGUGUAAAAACACUCCAGUGUGCUUUUGCUUCUGGAGGAUUGUGGUGAAUGUUUUAAUGUAUAAUAAACUGCUGUAAAAACUUGA